UAAAAACAAGCUAGCAAUCAUGGCCAAGAAACGGAAGGUUGAGAAAAGUGAAGCGGCGCUUAAAAAGCCAAGUAAUGGUGUGACUGUUGACCGUAAAGUAGAUUACGACGAUGAAGAGGAAUUACUUCGGACGGACGAAACCAUCAUCAGUGCUAGCGAGGAUGAGGGUGGAAGCGAUGACGAGAGGAAACACCGCAAACUGCUGGAUGCCAUCAGUUCUCUGGAUGGGAAGAAAAGAAGGAAACUGGCUGAACGGUCCGAGGCCAGUGCACAGGUCUCUGAGUUCUCAAUCAGUGCUGAAGGCGCUGGAGACAAAAUCACUCUUAGUGACCUCAUUGGCACCAUUGAGCAGUCACCUUCAGUCGUCACCAAGACCAAGAAGCAGCUGAAGAAUCUGCAGAGUCGCCAGGACACUCUGGAGCUCCCUCUGAGUCGGCAGCAGACGGAGAAGAUCCAAAGAGAAGUGGCCUAUGGCAAGACCGCAAAGGAGGUGUCCCGCUGGCACAGUGUGGUGGUACAGAACCAGAAGGCAGAGCAGCUGGUCUUCCCGCUGAACCAGGAGCCGUCCGGACCAAAACGUGUGGAGCAGGUGGUGGCCGGAUGGAAGGCACAGACACCAUUGGAGCAGGAGAUCUUCACUCUCCUGCACAUGAACAAGCAGCCUGUCAAUGACCCUGUUCUUACACCCAUGGAGGAGGCCUCCCUGAAGGCCAUGAGUCUCGAGGAGGCGAAGAUACGCCGUGCUGAGCUGCAAAAGGCCCGGGUGCUCCAAUCCUACUAUGAGGCCAAAGCGAAGAGAGAGAAGAAGAUAAAGAGCAAGAAGUACCACAAGGUGCUAAAGAAAGCAAAGCGCAAGGAGUUUCUUAAGGAGUUUGAGGAACUGCGCAAGACAGACCCCGCUGCCGCCCUGGAGGAGCUACAGAAGAUGGAGCUGUCCAGGAUGGAGGAGAGGAUGUCACUGAAGCACCAGAAUAGUGGCAAGUGGGCCAAGUCCAAAGCCAUCAUGGCAAAAUAUGACCACGAGGCUCGUAAGGCCAUGCAGCAGCAGCUUGAGAUGAACAAGGAGCUGACGCAGAAGCUGGUGGUGCCGUCGGAGAGUGAGGAGGAGGAGGGGCCAGAGGAGGAGACGGACCUGCCGGAUUUUGUUAACGAGGCCCAGCCCACCGCAGACCCGUCAAACCCCUGGAUGAUGGGCAAGCUAACGGCAGAGCCCGUGGAACCUGGCGAGGGCGCUGCUGCGGAGCUUCUCGCAGGGGGUGCCGAGCAACAGGACAAGCAAGAAGAUGGAGAAGAGGAAGAGGAUGAAGAUAUGGAAGAGACGCUUCUGCGAGAAUUCGAGGAGAGACGGAAAUUAAGGCAAUCAGAAGACGGAGGCGUGGUACCGGUGAUGCCAGUGGAGAGAGAAGAAACUGUGGAUGAAAGGGGAGCCGAAGCUGCAGCAGGGGACAUUUCUGAAGAUGAGGAGGAGGAGGAGGAGGUUUCUGAGUUUAACAGCCUGUUUCAGAAGCUAGUGGAGAAGGAGCAGGAAACCACAGCGGAGAAGGCGAGUAAGGAGAGGGAAAGCGUAGAGGAGAGGGAAGAGCCAGCCUUACUGGAUGAGGGGCUGGAGCGCCUGAGGACCUUGGAGGACGUGGAGCUCCUCAGCAAGGACAUCUCCGCAGAGGUCAUUGAGCCGGCAGCGCAGAGUGCCGCAACCGCCCAUUCAGAGGGAAUGACAGACGCUGCCACUCCACAGGCCGGCAAGAAGAAGAAGAAGAAGAAGAAGAAAAUGAUCGACUGCAACGAGGUGCUGACAAAGGAGGCAAAAGUCAUCAAGGUACCCCUGGCGCCCACGGCCAUUGAGGAGGAGGAAGAGAAUGAAGAGGAGCAGAAAAUGAUCAUUAAGGAAGCCUUUGCUGGAGAUGACGUGGUCUCCGACUUCCUGAAGGACAAGAGGAAACAGGAAGAGGCAGGAAAGCCAAAAGUGGUGGACCUGACACUACCUGGGUGGGGAGAGUGGGGUGGUGUCGGCCUUCAGCCGUCCCGCAAAAAACGAAGAAGGUUUCGUGUAAAAGUUGCACCUCCCCCUCCAAGACGAGAUGAAAAGCUCCCCAAUGUCAUAAUUUCAGAGAAGAGGAAUUCCUCUGUCACUCUCCACCAGGUCAACCAGCUGCCGUUCCCCUUCGAGAACCCCACACAGUUUGAGAGCAGCAUCCGCACGCCCGUCGGCCACACCUGGAACACUCAGCGCACAGUCCAGAAGCUCACCGCGCCGAAGGUGGUCACGCAGCUGGGCGGCAUCAUCGAGCCCAUCGCCCGGGAGGACUUCAUCCAGGGCAAGACGCAGGCAGCCACGGGGAAGCUGCCGGACAUCGAACUGUCAGGGAGCAAGGGAAAGGGACCGCAGAGGAAGGGAAACCUGAAGCACUCGCAGCUGAAGAAAAGGAAGAACAAGCGGCAGCAGAAACAGCAGCAGCAGCAGGCCAACACGCCUGCCUGACGCUCACAGUAAA